CUGUGCGCUCUACUGUUUGCAUUGUGUCUGAACUGCCGGCGAGCUUUAAAAAUAUUAUCCCCCAGCACGGCGAUGUCGGGCAGGUCGGUCCGAGCCGAGACCCGGAGCAGGGCGAAGGAUGACAUCAAGAGGGUUAUGGCCGCUAUUGAGAAAGUACGAAAAUGGGAGAAGAAAUGGGUGACUGUUGGCGACACGUCCCUUCGCAUCUACAAGUGGGUGCCAGUGAUGGAGCCCAAAUCAGAUGAUAAGAACAAGAAUAAGAAGAAGGGUAAAGACGAGAAGUAUGGGUCAGAGGUGACAACUCCAGAGAACAGCUCUUCUCCAGGGAUGAUGGACAUGCAUGACGACAACAGUAACCAGAGCUCCAUCGCUGACUCCUCCCCCGUGAAACAGGAGAACAGCUGUAGCACGAGCCCCGCCCCCGAGCCCUCCAGCACAUCUCACCGAGAGAACGGUGACUCCAAGACUGACCAGAGCCCUGACAGCAAGAGAGGUAAAAGCAUCGCUUCCUCAGAAACCUCGGAAAGAGCACAAAGUGCAAAGAGAGACGGCCCGUCUUCAGGGGACAAGGACUCUUCAGUCAGCAAAGCCACUCAGGAUCUAGAAGAGGAGACCCCACCUUGCAAGAAAAGCAAACUGGAGUCCUCAUCUCAGGACUUUGAGGAGAGUUAAAUGUUCAGGCUGGAGUAAUUUCUCUCCUUCGCCCCCUCCCUUCCUCCUUCUGCACAUCCCUCCAUUAACCCUUUGCUAAUUUUGGGAUAAUGGAUGCACCUCGUCUUUUGGUCCUCACCCCUUUGACCUAAAUGUGGCCACACCAAAGGGUAAAUGGACCCUAACCCCCCCCGACUCCCUGGCACCCAUUCCCCCCUGAUUUGCCACCUUCAUCCUAAUGCUCCUCUGUCACAGAGGGACAAUGGGUAUUACCUCUAUUUACUGGUCCCCUCCGUGCUUCCUUACAGUUCUCCACGCUUUUCACUAAUGCCAAGAGAAGCUCUGAACCCAGGCUGUAAUCUCCUCUCUGACCAGAGGGGGGCAGCGCUGCUAUCCCAGGCCAGUCCAGAAGCGAUACACUGACCUGCAUCUGUGACGAGAAGAGUAACCCGGGGACUUGAUGCUGAUGAGUGGGAAUAGGCCGAGGUUGCGCCGGGAUGUUGAUCUGAGGCUGUUUUACUGCUAACGGUUUAGCUCAGGAUCCAUGGAGGCUAACCUGGCCUCAGGUCAGCAGCCGUGGCAAAGCUCAGCCAAACACGGCAUCACUUCAGUUCUCAGACUUUGCCUCCUGUUAGACUAACAUUGUCUGUUUGUUUAGGAAAAGUGUAGUUUUUUUUGUUUUUUUUCCUCAGGAGGGUCAAUGCACUGUUAUGGUCUGUCACAAUUGAUCACAGAUGGAUUUGCUGCUGUAGUGGAGAUCUUUUUUCUCUAUCCAUGAAGAAUCCUUCCCUUACUCGUUUUCCAUGAGUUGGCUGUAGGUGGUGUAGGGAAAAGCCGACUGUACCGGUCAAGUUGAACUCUUGGAUAAGUAGUGACAACAGGCAUCGGUUCCGAAGGCGUGCCUUGAGUUGAUACUGUAAAAUCCCAUUUUUGGUCAAAUGGUUUUUGAAUUCCAGCUUUGGUGCCAUUCUUCAUCAAAUGAUUUCUGCCUUAUCACCAAUGAUUAUAUCCAAUAUUUAUAUACAGCUACAAGUGUUGGAUUGUAGGAGCAGCAGUUAUGGACUAGAAGUGAAAUAUUAGCCAGGGGUAAUAUUGUUCACCUUCUGGGAUUUCUAACGUUUAAAUCUUCUAAACAGAUCCAUUUUUGCUUCAGGAGGUACCUUAUCACCAAGCUAAUACUGGUCACCAGGUGUCAUCAGAACAGUUAAAGUUUUUAGCCAAAGUAUGCUAGAAACACCAGUAAUUCAUUGCACAAGAACCCAGUUUCCAAAGUGUCAACGCAACGACCUGUUUGCGUGUCUGUCGCUUUAAAUGGAAAGGAGCUGUUGAUCACCUUGCUUGCAUCUGACCGUCAUGGAACAGAUGGCAAUCUAGAUGUUGAUUUCUGUGACACAAGUCUAGCUUGACCAGAUACAGGACUGAAUUGUUUCCAUACACACAUUCACAGGAUUGUAGGACUUGAUCCUCAAUGUGUAAAAGUGUCUCAAACUGAUUUUUGCACACCUUUAAAGCAGAAGCAGACCAGCGGUGGCACUGGUGUCACAUAUGGUCCCCGCCAUUACUCUCAUUCCUAUAAAUGUUCUGUGUAUCACUACUUAUCUACCACCUACAAAACAUCGUAGCUGACGACAGAAGGGUUGGUUUAUCGCUCCAACAUUCAUUUCGCUCCUUCAACACGCUGCCUUUGGGCUGAAUCUGUACAUGGGGCAGCGAACUCAUCUGGUUGUGUGCAAAUUUGUCAUCAAUGUGCAGUUUACUUGAACUUUAAGUUAGGAUUCAGACCUGGGACCUCAAACGCACAACCUCUCACAUUGAAGCCUCCAACUGCAUCAACGCAAACUUGGAUUGAAAUCAAUCGAAUCACUGCAGAGGAAUGCCUCUGAGGAGCUACAGAAGUACUUUGAUUACUUGAUCAGAUUUCAGCAAAUCAUCUUUCACAUGGAUGGAGAGAAAAGUUUUUUUUGUUGUUGUUUGUUUUUAAGUGACAAACGUCUCCGUUUUGAGGAUGGAUUAGCAUAUACCUCAUUCCCAGUCCAGCAGCGCUGGAACUUAAAAUGCUAUGUAUUGACAUUAACCGUUAUAAACUGCAUUAUAUACACUCAGUAAAAAAAAAUGAAGAAAAAAAAAAUCACGUAUGUUGUAGCGUUCACUUGUUGAGGCCAUUACUUAUAGUUUGCUUAAAACAAAAAAACUGAGAUAUAAGAUCUUGUAUGUUUUUUGUUGUUUUUUUUGGGGUGGUGGUGAUGGGGUAGGGGGACCAUUUUGUUUGACUUUAGAUCUUGUACAGAUUUAUGGUUUGGUUUGACUUAUUUAUUCCAUCAGUAGUGCUUGGUUUUUAUCAUGUCCGAUGGCUUUGUUUUCUUAAUAAAAAUCACAAAACUUUG